UGUUCAGCCAGUCUAAACCGAGGUAUCGUCCCGACGCGUCGUACGGACGCUUCCCCGCGCGAACGUACCGCGAACGAAAGUUUGUGUAUGCUCUCCUUUAAUAAAAAAUAAUCUUAUUUAUAAACAAUUCUUGUUGUUCGAACAAGUGAUAAAUAUUUCACUAAUUAUGUUUGUUAAAAUACGUUGGUUGGACUGAAGUUUUUUUUUUCUGAUUGGAGUUUAAUAAACGUAUUAAGAAGACUUUUUGACUGAAGUGAAAGUGAAUUUGAUUGCAUUGCCAUGGUGGAAAACCGUGUACCGCAAUAACGUUAACAAAGAAGUUGAAGACGCAUGACGAAACAUGGACAGCGCAGGCAACAAUACCACAUUAUAUGACGAUGAUUCGCUAUACCCAAGCGAAUUGGCCCUUCACAGAGAAUUCAGUUCAACUGAGAGUGUUCUCGACAGCUACACACCAUGGCCGGCAGAAAAAUGCCUGGAAACAUUUCUCUUUAACGGCACACAAUUUGACGAUGUUACCAACCGUCUGUUCAUAUACAACGGCACGCGAGUCAUGUGUCUAGACCAUGCACCAGUUUUGACUAAAAGUACUCUUAUAAGAGCGAGUGUACUAUCAGCUAUGGCAAUUCUAUCAUUCUUUGGAAACUUGGCAACAAUUAUAAGUAUACAAAGAGGAAAAAGGGGUCGAGGAAGAGCGAGACCGUCGUGGACAGCGAUUUAUAGUUUGAUAUUUCAAUUGAGUAUAGCUGAUUUGUUGGUGACUGUCUUUUGUAUUGCUGGAGAAGCAGCGUGGUCGUUUACGGUGCAGUGGUACGCUGGGAACAUUGCUUGCAAAUUGUUCAAGUUUCUGCAAAUGUUUGCUUUGUAUCUGAGUACUUUUAUUCUCGUGCUUAUUGGAGUGGACAGAUGGCUCGCUGUGAAGUAUCCGAUGCGAAGUAUGGCGACUGCAACAAGGAGUGGAAGACUUGUAAUUAUCGCGUGGGUGCUGAGUCUUGUGCUAAGCGUGCCACAGGCAGUGGUAUUCAGAGUGGCUCAAGGGCCAUUCAUUGAAGAGUUUCAUCAGUGCGUCACCCAUGGAUUCUACACAGAGCGGUGGCAGGAGCAAGCGUAUACUACGCUGUCUUUAAUCUUCAUGUUCAUAUUACCUCUAGUCAUACUUGUAUCAACGUAUGUGUCUACAGUUAGAACUAUUGCAAAGAGUGAAAAGGUAUUCAAACCCGAAGUGCGGAGGCAGGAGAAAUACUUUACUCCAGACAUGAAUAGGAGAAGGCUCAUUGAUAGAGCGAAGAUGAAAUCUUUGAGGAUGUCUGUUGUGAUAGUAGCGGCUUUCCUAAUUUGGUGGACGCCGUAUUACGUCAUGAUGAUUAUUUUUACAUUCCUUAAUCCUGACAAAGACCAAAGCGAAGAAUUACUCAGCGGUAUUUUCUUCUUCGGCAUGUCGAACAGUCUAGUCAAUCCUGUUAUCUACGGAGCAUUCCAUUUGUGGCCGAAGAAGAAUAGAUCUCAUCGACACAGUGACAGGGAAUCCGGUGGCCACCACGCAUCGCUUCUCCGACGUGGUGACAACAACACCUCCUCAAUCCGACUGACGAUGAACAACCGUUCAAUGAGGUCCUCAGCCAAGUACUCCAACGGUCAUAAUGUCAGUUUAUUAUAACCAUUACGGAAAACUAUGAACAAUCGGGUACUAACGAUACCUGAAGAGACAGUGCAUAUAGACUCAAACAGACAAAUCACUUGUGUUGUGUGCAUCGAAAGACAGAGAAUGAGAAGUCGUUUUAAUUAUGCAGACUUUUAAUUGUAGAUAUUAGGAGUAAGUGGUUUUAAAAACUUUUUUAAGUAAUGUAAAUAGUGUACAUAUUUUUGAUUACGAUAUCUUUGUAGUGUUUUAUAAUGUGAGGGUGAUUACACAUCUAAAUACACAAUUAAUUUAUAGUGUAAAUACUUGUGUAAGAUGCACGGCACGUGGCAUUUAAGUAAGUAUUAUAGUUUGUACAUAGAUUGAAACUAAUACUUAAGACCAGGGCAUUAGAUACCAAAAUUGUUUAAGCAUGUGAUACUAUUAUGAAAACGAAUGACAUCAAAUGAAAUUGAACAGACAUUAUAAAAGAAAUCAAUGAUAUUAUUAUCGUUCUCUAUUCUUGAAAUGAUAAAUGGUUUUAUAAUACAACAGAACACGCUUCAGUCGUUUGAACUCCAUUUCUAAAAUCCUGGUCUUAAAUCGAUUUUGUAUAUAAAUUAUCAUUAACAGCUUGAAUGAUCAGCAUUCCUAUUUAGAUGUGUACACAGCCUAAUGCCAUUCGAUGUUGUGAUCUGAGAUUAGUAGAAUUAUUAAAGUUUACUAUGAAGCUUU